AUGGUCAACCCGAACGAGGACACGGAAUUUAACGACGCCCUUCGCGCGCAGGGUAUCCUGCCGCCCAAACCGCCUUCGCGCUCUCCAUCACCGGACAUUCCGCACAUCACGCGGGCCGACGCAACGCGCGCCCUGGCCGAGAUUGCGGACGCAGACCAACUCGGCGACCUGCUCGAGGGUGAUGGGCUCGAUUCGGACGAUGAACGCAUGUUCGAAGACUACCGGCGUAAGCGAAUGGCCGAGAUGCACCAGGCCGAGAAACGUGGCCGGUUUGGGAGCAUGGAGCCGCUGGCGCGAGAGGACUUUGUUCGCGAGGUCACGGACGCAAGUAAAGCUGCCCCUCCUGGAGAGCAAGUGGACGACGACUCGGACGACGAAGCGCCAAAGAAGAGCCGUGGGACAGGUGUCGUCGUUUUCCUCUUCCAGGACUCAAUACCACUUUCGCAGCACUUCCGACCGCUGUUGAAUCAGAUCGCGGCAGCGCACCCCGAGACAAAGUUCCUCGCCAUCCCCGCACAGCUCUGUAUCCCCAACUACCCCGAUAAGAACGUGCCUACUCUCCUCGUCUACCGGAAUGGCGAGAUGAUGGGACAGGUUGUGGCUGGCGCCGGUCUCAAGGGCAUGAAGACGACCGCGAGGGACCUCGAGGCCUUGCUCAUUAGGUACACGGCACUCUCGGGUCCGUCCAAGGCGCUGCGUGUCAGUGGCAGCCGGGAGGAGGACAGUGACGACGACCUCGACGAUGACAUUGGCGCGGUUAACACUCGCGGCGGUGGGAUCCGGAGUGGCGGUGUUGGCGUGGGCACCAGGCGGGACGCAAGCGACGACGACGACAGCGACUUUGACAUGUAG